ACGUCCAUCAGCUUGUGUAUUUACAGCCUGAUCAGUCGACCUGUCCACCAGCCAGCCCAUUGGUCAAAAUGUCCUCCAAGAUCCUGGUCAUCACUCUCCUCCUGCUCUCAGUGAGUCUGUGCUUCCAGCCCUCUGAAGGCAACAGGCGCUACCCUAACCGAAGAUUGUCACAUCCAUGCUGCACUAAGGUCUCCACUGCUGAUGUCAGCAAAAUCGUGGUUGGGAACACAUACCAAAAACAACCUGCCGAGAACUCCUGUGUGGAGGCUAUAAUUCUCAACACACAAGAGGGACAGGUCUGUGUUGAUCCAAAGGCUCACUGGGUCAAGAAUUUCAUUUCCAAUAUGGAGCAGCAGUAAAGCAUCGCACGCCUGUCCGAGCAAAUCUGCUUUCCUGCUGCUGUUUGAAAGCCCCCACUAUGCACGCAGAGCAACACGUAUUCACACUGAUAUAGCUUACUGUAAUAAUCCACCUGAAUGCACAUACCUCCAUGCCUCUGCAACUGAGCUCAAACAUAUAUGUCUCUGCAGAAACUGUAUGAUGAAGCAAUAAAUACAUUUUGUGUCCCUGA